CUCAGAUGUGUCGGACCGGACAGACGCAAUCGACCCUAUUUCUAAUAAUGGAAAAGAACUAUCGAAGUCUUAAGGCGCGGCACCAAGGACGCGUAAAACGUUCCCACCGUGCGUAAAAAAAAAAGAAAGGUGGAAUUGUUGGGAAACGAUACACACAGCGAUUCAACCGGACUAUUUUUCCUGAGUUAACUUUUCGAGAUCUGAGUCAGCCAGUGUGAUGAUGCUCUUGUAAAUAAAUCCGCCAAGCAGAGCAGAGGUGAGAUACGGGGCGUCACAGAGCGGCUCCGUGAUUCGGCACCGGAUGGAUCGCGGCGCGUCGGAGCGCGCAAACAAGAGGCGCGUCGCUCGCUCGCUCGCUCUCCUCCCGUUUGGAGCAAAGCGGCUAAAGUGUGAGGAGUGACGCGUGUGGACGCAGAGCUUUAGGGGAAAUAACUUAUUCAGUCAAGAGUUUCGUCCCUGUCACCGUCCGCCCACAAAACGCUGCUCACGGCAGCGGCCUGCAGUUGUCCUGAUAUGCCUCCCGGCCGCGAAGAUGACGGACUUUUCUCACAAAUUACGGUUUCAAGGUAACGUUUUGACGGCGGAAAGAAAACGCCUCCGUGCUCCCCGGCGAAGUGCGACUCCGAAGUGGAAGAGCUCAAGAUGGGACACAACCACCUGUUCUCCGCGAGGACGCCUUUUCUCUACCUGCUCUUGUGUCGGACAGUUCUUUGUCACGAGAAGUCCCACUCGCACGCCGAGGAUGACCUCUUCAAGACGUUGUUCGCCGGCUACAACAAGUGGUCGAGGCCCGUGUCGAACAUCUCCGACGUGGUCAUCGUCAAGUUCGGACUGUCCAUCGCACAGCUCAUCGAUGUGGAUGAGAAGAACCAAAUGAUGACAACCAACGUGUGGCUUAAACAGGAGUGGAAUGACUACAAACUUCGCUGGAAGCCGUCUGACUAUGACAAUGUGACGUCUAUAAGAGUCCCAUCGGAGCUCAUAUGGGUCCCGGACAUUGUCCUCUACAACAACGCCGAUGGAGAGUUCGCUGUGACCCACAUGACGAAGGCUCACCUCUUCCACAACGGAAAAGUCCGCUGGGUCCCUCCUGCCAUUUACAAGAGCUCCUGCAGCAUCGACGUCACCUUCUUCCCCUUCGAUCAACAGAACUGCAAAAUGAAAUUUGGCUCCUGGACGUACGACAAGGCCAAGAUCGACCUGGAGCGCACGGAAAACACGGUGGACCUGAACAACUACUGGGAGAGCGGCGAGUGGGCCAUCAUCAACGCCGUGGGGACAUACAACACGAAGAAGUACGACUGCUGCCACGAGAUCUACCCGGACAUCACCUACUUCUUCAUCAUUCGAAGGCUUCCCCUCUUUUACACCAUCAACCUCAUCAUCCCCUGUCUGCUGAUCUCCUGCCUCACCGUUCUGGUGUUCUAUCUGCCCUCGGACUGCGGGGAGAAGAUCACGCUGUGCAUCUCCGUGCUGCUGUCCCUCACCGUCUUCCUCCUCCUGAUCACCGAGAUCAUACCGUCCACGUCCCUCGUCAUCCCGCUCAUCGGCGAGUACCUCCUCUUCACCAUGAUCUUCGUCACCCUCUCCAUCGUCAUCACGGUCUUCGUGCUCAACGUGCACCAUCGCUCGCCCAGCACCCACAAGAUGCCCCACUGGGUCCACUCCGUGUUCCUCAAUCUGAUCCCGCGCUGGCUGUUCAUGCGGCGGCCCGCGCCGGACGUCCGGCGUCGCCGGCUGGCGCUGAUGCAGCAGGACGCGGCUCUGGUGCGGCGGCAGGGACGGGCGGGCGGGUACAAGCGGCCCAGCAACUGCCUCAGCACCUCGGCCACCUGGUCAGGAGGUGGGAGCGCGUCGGAGGACCCCGACAGGAGCUCCUACGAGGACUUGGAGCUGGGAACGCUGACGUCGUAUUUCUCCUUUCGCCCUCCUUCGCCCAGACCUCCGGGUGCGACCCCACCGCCCCAACCGAAAAACCCACAGAACAGCCAGAACCAGCAGGAAGGCCCUGCAGGGACUAACAGACUUUCAACAGGCUCCAGAGUCAAUCUCACCCAGAGGGCCGUUAAAGCUGAUAACGCGGUGUCAGACUCCACAUUCCUGCUUUCACCAAGUGUCAUUCGCGCCCUGGAAGGGGUGCACUACAUCGCAGACCAUCUGAGGGCCGAGGACGCCGACUUCAGCGUGAAAGAGGAUUGGAAGUACGUCGCCAUGGUGAUUGACCGCAUCUUCCUGUGGAUGUUCAUCAUCGUGUGCCUUCUUGGGACCAUCGGCCUCUUCCUGCCCCCUUGGCUAGCCGGCAUGAUCUAGCUCGUGUGAGACGAACCUCAGGACUCGCGAUGGGGAAAAACGGAUGUACUCGCUUCGUUGGCUUCCUCUGUAAUGUUACUUUGGCCUGAAUGCUAACACCGGCUCGCAGACAUGCUAACGUGUAGCACAACAUAGGAUUCGGCAUGUUAGCAUGCUAAUUCUAGUACGUUAACGUACCAGUGUUUAGUAUGUUUACUCUUUUAGCAUGAAAAAAAAUUUUAAAUUUAAAAAAAUGUAAAUCUUAUUACCGGUACAUUACAUUAAAUAGUGAUGCGGGGAUCCGCUAUGACACUGAGACUAGCGGUUAAUGGACAGGAGCCAAACAGCUCCAAUAGCAGUGGCAUGUUGUACAGGGAGUCGAUAAUAUACUGGACCAGACGCACUAACUGGGGUAAUUUGCACUGAUUUGGAGAGUUUCUCCUUUUUACCCGCUUUCUUUUGCCAUGAUAAAAAGAUUUUUGAAUGAUCAUACUAUGUAAUAAAUAUCAUCUUGAAACCUU